UACGCUCUGUCAACAGACGUUCGCAUCAUGGCGGCCGCUCGCUGAGGUCUGUUUCGCUCAAGGGACAGUUGGGACAGUAUCACCGUCAACGUUUACGUUUCAUGCGGAAUUUUCAAAAUGAUGCGACUGGUGCAGAGCGUCAUCUUCUCCGGGCGUCGUCUGCUAGAGAGUUCCUACCGACGGUUGUUUAGUGAUGGUGUGGUGUCGUCUGCAAAAGAUGAUGAAAAGUGUGCAUCAUCAGAUGGGAUGAUUUCAGUGUUCCGAUUGAGCGAGAUGAUUUUUGUGUGGGCUUGCGGAGCCAUCUGGGUGGCGGCACAUAUGUGGAUUCUGUUGAUCCGAUGGCUUCUGGAGUGCAAGCUUGUUUCCAACUUGUUUCCAAUUGAUAGAUCUCCAGUAAAGGAGACAAGUGGGAAACUUGGAGACAAACUCCAAGUGGAAAAACGGGUAACCACGAAUGACAAGAGUUGCAUCCUCUGCUGCGCAACCUUCAACCUUCUCUUCAACAAGCGUCUCCAAUGUGGCGAAUGUGAGGCAUGCGUGUGUCGCGACUGUUCCUCGUACGAUGCAAGGAACAAGGUGUGGUACUGCCGCCUCUGCGACCAGCAAAGGAGCUUGCGUGCGCAGUCGUGUGAGUGGUUCUACAACAAUGUCGAGAUGAGGUUCAAUCAGUUUGGUAGCACAAAGGUUCUCCUCUCCAUCUACGGGCCAAAGAAAGACUUGGAAGGAUCGCACGAGCCUCAAGUGACAGAUAUUCAGCAACACAUGGAAUCCGUCCUGGAGGGUUUCUUAGGUGAAGGCCUAGACUCUGCCUGUAUCGGCCGGAUGUUUAAUCACCCCUCUUACAAUCAAGUGGUGCUGGAUCACCGCGUGCCAAUUCACAAAGCUGUGCUCCGGUUUUCCAGCUCGCUCCUCACUGCCUUGCAAGAUAUGCCAAAAGAAGCUGACCUCACUCCUACCAACACCCAUGCCGACCUCAAAGAGUGUGUUCAAAGGUUGUGCAGCGAUGCCAACAAUUUGCCCUGCCUACGGGAGGUGUGCGAAAACAACAGCCGGAGAAAUUCAUCAUCUGCCUUUUCCGACGUGUCGGAUGAGUGUGACGAUGUCUCAUUCGAUGCCUAUGAAGACCUUCUUGUCAUGGCAGUGAUUAACAAGGCCGUUGAGAUUGGUCAGCGAAAGUACAGUUCAUCAUGUGACAGCAAAGGAGGUGACAAAUCGUGUCAGCCAGAUAUCAUCCAAACUUCUAAAAAAGAGCACAUUGACGUUGGAUGCCAGUCAGACAUUCCCUUCUCUGACUCUGGACAGGACGAAGAGGGCUUCACAGAAACGACAGAAUCCGACGAAUUCCUCUGGACUCGCUCUCCAAAGGAAGAAACAUUUCCCUAUAUUAUUGAAGAAAAGAUCGAAGAGGAAAUUACGGAAGCAUACACAGAAUCUGAGGAUGGCCGAACGGAUUCCGACGAACCGGAUGGAAACAUUUUAAUGUCCCUGGAUUUGAACCAGCAAAAUAGAGUACCAUUUCCGGAGAUGGGAGUCGACCUGGUGGAUCCAGGCGUGUUCCUCGGAGAUGAAGGGGAGGAGGAGGAAGAAGAGCCCGGCAUUUUGGUGGCAUCUAUCACAGAUUGGGAAGAGAAUUGGCUCUUCCGUAAGAAGCAGAGAAGUAACGCUCUUGCGGCAUUCCGUGGUGGACGCUAUGCAAGGUACUUUGACCCCAUCAACAUGUUGAUACCCAACCCCACUAAGGAGGAGGGUGUCCUCCUUGGGAGCAGGGAGGUGGAUGAAUUUUCUGAGAUGUCCGAGAAAUUCUCUGUUGGGUCACUGGAGCUGCCGAGUUUGUCAGAAUCUGAAGAAGAAGAAAUGGUUUCCGACGUCCAUCUCAGUCUGACACAACCUGACGCUUCCAGUUUGAGGGAGGCAGUGCCAGAAAAGCCUGUUGUACUCCAACAGCAAGAAGCCUCCCUGGCAAACUACUCACCAGCAUUUUUACGCCAAAAUUCUGUACAGCGCCCUGGUGUGGCUCAACCCACUCCUGCACCUCGCUCGACCACCACUCAGAAGAGGGAGGUGAAGAGACAAGUUCCCAAAUUCUGCGCAGUAGACAAGAGGAAAAGUCCUACCUCUUUGCGUUUCCUAUCCCAACCAGAUGCCACAACAACGAUGCAUGCAGGAAAAGCAGCGAGGUUCCUGUGCGAAAUUUCUUCGCCGAAAGUUCAGGGCAAGUUCUGUUUGUCUCCUUAGGUAGCUGUGCAUCCA